AUAUUCACCAUGGCAACUACGUUAUCUCCCUGCUUCCCUGGACACCCCACACAACUUAAUGAAGGGGGAAUUGGGAUGACACUGUAACCCUCUGAGACAAGCCACAAGUAGGUUACUGUUCAGUAUUUUAGGAGCUUGGGCUGCCGUUUACACCUGACUGAGUAUUAAAUCACAUGGCUGGUCGUUCAUCCUACGGACUCCCCUUUUUACCUGGGAACUCUUUCCGCGAUGUUAGUAAAUCAGCCUUCCACAGACCACAGACUCUGUCUUUCAAGAACGGCUAUGCUUUACCCCUGCGGCCGACGGUUGGGAUCGGUAAAGAGCCCCUCCAGACCGACCCCCUGACCCAGAGCGCAAUCACCCACCUCCAUAGCCCGGUUCCAGCACUAACCUACGAUCGGCCCAGUCCGGAGCCAGUUGCGGCUUUUAUUCCAGCUCACGUGACACUGGAUAAAAAGGUGCUACGCUUUUAUGGGUACUUUAGGCAGGACAUCCAGCUGUCUCCUUUGGAGGAGUACCGGGUGCGGCCCGUGGUCGUGUACUACUACCUUCUGGAUGACACCAUGUGCAUUACGGAACCGGAGGUGGAGAACUCAGGAAUGCCGCAGGGAAAGCUGGUCAGAAGGGAGAGACUGCCCAAGAGCAGCAUGGAUGGAUACUACCACUGGAAGGACCUAAACUUGGGCAUGGACCUGUGUGUGUACGGAACCACCUACCGCCUCGCAAGCUGUGACGCCCACACCCAGGAGUUUCUGGAGAGCCAGGGGGUGCUGCUGAAUGAAGCAGAGGCGAUGCCCGCGGACCCAUACACCCAGAGCCGCCGCCCACACCCCCAGGCCCACGUCACCCCCUCUGACUUUGACCGCCUCAGACAGUUUCUCACCAUGGACCGUAAGGUGCUUCGCUUCUUUGCUCUGUGGGACGAGAAGGACUCCCCGUAUGGCGAGGUACGGCCCGUCAUCAUCCAGUACUAUCUGGGAGAUGACUCGGUGGAGAUCCGAGAGGUCCACAAGCCCAACAGUGGCCGCGACCCCUUUCCGGUCCUGCUGAGGAGACAGAGGCUUCCCAAGACGAUAAAAUCACCAUCCGGCUCCUUCCCCAGCUGUGUCCUGGAAGUGUCCCCUGUGGAGGUGCAGGAGUACUGCUCCCCAAGAGACUUCAGGGUGGGCGACACGCUCUGCCUUCUGGGGCGCCGCUUCCUGCUCUACGACUGCGACGACUUCACCCGCGGCUACUACAAGCAACACUUAGCUGAUGUGGAGCUCCAGCCCGUCACGGUGGACCAGAAACCGGAAACACCCAUUAAGAAGUACUGCCUUCACAUGGGUACUGUUUGUUGA